CCAUAAAUCCUUCAUUGUCAUUUCUCAAAAUUAUUUAAAAAAUCCCAAAAAGGAUAGUGAAAUGAAAGCCUCCAUAUCUAAAUAUGGGUCUAAGUGUAACUGAAAUACUACUUACACUGUGUUUGCCAAAACAAACUUCCAAAUUUUCCUUAAUCUUUCUAAAAUCACUGCAGAUAAUACAAGUAGACGCUAUCUAUCGUCUGCACAUUAAAAUGGAUAACAUUUCAACAAUGCACAAAUGAGAGAACCCUAAAAUAAACUAAUAACUGUAAACAUUUCCAAGGAGGAAUAAAAUACAAACUCACACACUCAGCCUGGAAUCACUCAUCAUCAGUCACUCAGCUAAAAUUUCAACAAGCCUUAUCAUAAUUCAGAAAUCUGCAGGUGAAUUUCACGGGUUUAUCUUUCACAGGAUAAUGAUCCAUGCUUCAGGUCCUUAGAGGUUUGGAAUCCUAUCAAAGUACUAGCGAAAAUAGGUGAAGAAAAAUGAAGGUCUAGCAAAAUAGGUGAAGAAAAAUGAAGGUAUAUGUGUGGUGAAAUGGCAUGAAUGGUCUAAACAGUUAUAGAACCACAGAAUUUUGUGAGCCAUAGAAGAUGUAUGGCAGAUGUUUCGUGGCAGUUGGACUUCCUGCCCAGACAUGUAACUAUCAUGACAAGCGCCACCCCAAUCCUCACCAGAGAUUAAGGCAAACAACCACUUUCUUAUACUCAAGACUUUCUCUUCUUCCAUCUAAAUCUCCAAUACAUCUCAUGGAUUUUCCUAAACUUCUUGUCAUGCUAGUGUUGCUCUCUCUUCUAACCAAUGAAUACUAUUUGGGUGCAGCAUCAGAUGAUGAGGAUUUCUUCAAGAAAUGCUCAUCACAACGGUCAGCAAACAUGGACCAAAGAUCCAGUUCCCCUUCCGGCUUUCAACCCAACCAACAUCCUGUGGAGCAGCUGGCAUGCAGUUAUCGUGCUCUGGGCAUGACACGAUCUUGGAUCACCCUGUUCUUGGUCCUUGCAAAGUGACCGCGAUAUAUUACAUGCACCGGGUCAUUAACAUCACCCCGCUUGUGGAACCAUCGACUCAAUGCCCACUUCAGAAGCUCAUCUCAAGAAAGUUAGAAACUGUUGUGUACAAACAACCUCAAUCAUUUACGACCCUGGUAUGUUCAAGAAAUUUCAUACCACGUACACCAUAUCCAUAUAGUAUAGUCGGCCCAGCUUCUUGUGUCAGUAACAACGCUAGCCAAUUCUGGUAUUUGGCAUUAGCUUACGCAUACAUAUCUGAUCUGCCAUGGGACUGUGUGGCCAUUUCUAAAGGUAUCCCAAUACCCUUUAGCUAUGAUAAAAAUGGCCCUAACUCAGACCCCUCCAAUGAAAUAGCAAAGGCAGUCAUCAACUUUGGUGCGACAACCUUCACUUGGCACCAUAAUAACAUUACUGGUGUCUGCCAACAGUGUGAACAUGAAGGUCGAUACUGUGGAUUCAGCUCACAAAGGCGUCAAGCAUUCUGCCAGCACCAUGGUACCCAUGUCAUCCCAAUGGCGGCCUCAUCUGUAGCUGCAUUUGUAGUUCUUUCAUUGAUUGUGGCCACUGUGAUAUAUCUCUCCUUGAAGUCAAGGUACAAUGAAGAGAUAAAUAUGAAGGUUGAAAUGUUUCUCAAGGCAUAUGGCACAUCGAAACCCACAAGAUACACUUUCCCUGAGGUUAAGAAGAUAGCAAGACGGUUCAAGGAUAAACUGGGCCAGGGUGGAUUUGGAAGUGUAUACAAGGGCGAGCUACAAAACGGAGUUCCUGUGGCAGUCAAGAUGCUAGAGAGCUCUACAGGGGAGGGAGAGGAAUUCAUCAAUGAAGUUGGAACCAUUGGACUAAUCCACCAUGCAAAUAUCGUCCGUCUUUUGGGCUUUUGCUCCGAAGGAAUGAGACGGGCUCUUAUUUAUGAGUUCAUGCCUAACGAGUCAUUGGAAAAAUACAUAUUCGCACAUGUUUCUGAUAUUUCUCGACAACUCCUAGCACCCAACAAAAUGCUAGAUAUUGCUUUAGGCAUCGCCCGAGGGAUGGAAUACCUGCAUCAAGGGUGCAACCAGCGCCUUCUCCACUUUGACAUCAAGCCACACAACAUCUUGCUGGACUACAACUUCAACCCGAAGAUCUCAGACUUUGGCCUUGCCAAGCUGUGUGCAAGGGACCAAAGCAUCAUUACCUUAACUGCAGCAAGAGGGACUAUGGGAUACAUAGCACCAGAGCUAUACUCUCGGAACUUUGGAGGGGUGUCUUACAAGUCAGAUGUGUACAGUUUUGGCAUGCUGGUGUUGGAGAUGGUGAGCGGACGGAGGAACUCAGAUCCAAGUGUUGAGAACCAGGACGAAGUUUAUCUCCCGGAGUGGAUCUACGAGAGAGUAAUCAAUGGGCAUGAAUGGGAACUUACUUCGGAAAUGACAGCAGAAGACAAAGAAAAGGUGAGACAGCUGACUAUUGUGGCACUGUGGUGUAUCCAAUGGAACCCCAAGAAUCGGCCAUCAAUGACAAAGGUGGUAAACAUGUUAACGGGGAGGUUGCAGAACCUACAGAUUCCCCCUAAGCCCUUUGUGUCAUCUGAAAAUUAUCCUAGAACAUAAAGCACGGAGAACAUGCUGCCAUGAUUUGGUACAUAUUGCAGACAUGCACUUAGUCCAUGUGUUGCACAGCAAUGCAUAGCACUGCAGCAUGCAGUAUAUUUCCAUCUUUUCACUGUAUUAGCACCUGAUUGUAUGAGUAAUCGUCCGUCCCUAUGCAAUAGUACUACUAGGUAUAUGCAAGAACACAUGAGAACCACAUCGAACUUUAUUUGAAAAUUGUAAUAGUUAAAAAUAAAGCGGUUACCUUGGUCUGCUGUUCCAGUGAUUUA